AUGAAUGGAUGCCGGCAAGCAGGCGAGAAGUGCGUUUACCUGCCCACGUGCAGGCCCAAUAAGGCCGAUCUGGCGCAGAAGCUCGAUACUCUGCAACAACGUUUGGGUAGGUUUCUCCAACUCCAGGUUGCACCGGUGGGUGCACAUAUAAUGAUGAUGUCGGGGACGAACGGGGGAAAUGAACGUGACGUUAACGCAGCCGGGACGGUGACAGAGAAAGCGGAGGCGUAUAUCCGAAAAAUGGACAAUGAAGCCAACUGCACCAAGACUGCGGUGCCAUCUUACUUCAGCCCACCACCCACCAUGAGCCCUGCGUCCACGCCGCGGCUACCCCUCCAGAUGCCGCCCUUCGGAACGCCACCAACACCAACCAGCUUCACACCCGGGCUCUACCACCCAGAGCCAAGAAUCAAAUGGCCCGAGCUGUUGGGCAACGACUUCCUUUAUACGCCGCUCCUGGACUCUCAGAUGCAGGCGGGUGGGAUGGAUGGGACGCAGCUGGACGGGCACGUCGACGGCACGGAUCUGUCGGAGCACGCGCGCAGCUCGUCCAGCAUAUCCAUCCCCAGCCUGCGAGAGAUCCGGGAGCUAAGUUCAGCAUUAUACACGACUGACAGGGUAGCAAGGGUGUGCGAUACCUGCAACGCCGCCACUGCCGAGCUGGAGGCGUACUGCAUGACGGCCUUCAGCGCCCACUCAGACAUCGCCGGCAUAUCCCUCGCGCUGGCCGAGUACCUGGCGUGGAUGCGCAAGGGCGCCAACCUGAAGACAGACAACAUUGCGAGCAUGCUCGAGACGCUCGAGUUCCGCGCGCGCGAGGUGCACGAGAUAGCCGAGGCGAGGCCGUGGGCGGCGUGGAGAAAUAUGGUACUGGCCUUGAAGCCCUUGGGGCGCGCGGCAACCCGGCUUGCCGAGCUGGAGGAGGAUCUUGGCAGGCAGUCGGCGGAGGCCGGACACUUCUUCCAGACGGAGUACGACAUACGCAUGACCCUCGCGGAUCAACGCAAGUCGCCCGUAAUGGGAGUGGGAAUGGAACUUGGGACGCCACUCGCUGCAUCGUCGGAUGCGUCGGGUAGCCAGAUGGAAAGCUAG